UCGAUUGGAUUUUUUUAUUUUGGAACAUAUAUUUUUGAAGUGUUUAUUUCAUUAUUAUUAAAUAAAAUGUAUAUUUAUUCUAUUUUCAAUACUCAACAGAUGCUUGCGAAUUUUGAAUUCAUAAUUUUAGAUAACACAUUUAAUUUAUUAUUCUCUAGAAAUCAUCACAUUUCAAAUAUAGUAAUUGAUUCAUCUAUUUUUGUAGAAAACUGGCACAAUCUGAAGAUACCACUGUACAAGUGCAAUUCUGAGUGAUUCACAAAAAAAAACAUACACACAGAAAUGAACUUUUCCACGGUAUCUGCUUUGCUAGGGGCUAUUUAUGUUUAGACCUUCGAGGCCAGCAGCAGUAGCAGCAGCGAAGAAAGUGCGCACAGAUCCGACCGGAUUUGAUCGAGCACGUGGCUUUCGUAUGAUUAACCUUGUGCUAUAGAUAUAUAUAUAUAUAUAUAUAUAUAUACAUAUUCUGCUUUGAGUGGGUGACAAUAUGUCCCACUUAAAGCUACUACACGUGGCAUCCUUGCAAGCGCACCAAAAGAUCAGGCAAUGGCCGAUGGCCAAAAUGGCAAACUACGUCGAAUCGUUUUUCCCACGAAAAUCCAAAUUCUUUGUAUUUACAUGCGUUGAUCGUCAAGUGGCGUCAACAGCGCCCCCGUCGGUGGCUCGUGUCUUUCCAUUUAAUUGAUAUGCUCGCCUCAUACGUCAGCCAAUUAGUCGCGCAACGUGUCUUUAUGCUAAUUACGUAAGAAAGAAACAAAUUUCGUUGAGCAGCGACGUUGAGUGUGAAUCAUCCAUCAAUGCAAUGCAAUUAUGCAGCAAUCGAUGUCAUCGCGUUAUCGAUACUCCCAAUAUUGUUCUUCCGCUUCUUGUUUUGCGGGUUGUGCCUCCUUCCACAUAAGGCUUGUUUACCAAGCAGUAAAGCUAAACCGAUUAGAACUGGUCAACAAAACAGCCGCCAAGCGAUCAAGGCUGCUUUACUCGAACCGUCUGGGCUGCAAUGGCAAGAUAUAGAAGAAAAAUUCACAAAUAUAUAUUUACAAUAUGCAUAACAACAACACCAACAACACAGUCUACUUGUACUACGCAGAAAUUUUUGUAGAAAACAAAACAAAGCAAAAACAAAAGACAUCAGCAGACGGCUAAAUCGUGUGUGAGUGUGAGAGAGAGAGAGCGAGAGCGGCGCCAAGGAGAGAGCAUAGGGCGGCAUGGGUGUGAGUGUGUGUGUGUGUGCUUGUAUGUUUUGUUUGCACGCUAAACCGAAGCAAGAGGAAGAGCAGCCACUAUAAAUACUGCUCCCCAUUUCGGUUGUGUGUCAAUUGGACUCGCAAAGCGACCAGCUAACAAUCGUAGCAGCAGCCACAGCAGCAGCAGCAGCUGAUAAGCGAACAACGCAAUUCCGCUCAAGCAAUACAAUAAACAAAAAGUCGUUCGAUUACGAUUUUACAAGUGUGUGCAAUUCCUACAAAUUAACGGAAAACUUCAUAAUCAAGAUGUCUGCAUCACCCACCGCUCGUCAAGCAAUCUCGCAUGUUCUGCCCUUGGCCAUGUGCAAAACGAAGAAGGUUGUCGUCACUGAUCCCAUUCAAAUGCCCGAAGUCUACUCAUCCACACCCGGUGGCACCAUCUACUCCACGACACCUGGCGGCACCAAGUUGAUCUAUGAGCGCAACUUCAUGAAGAACCUGCGUGGUUCCCCAUUGAGCCAGACGCCUCCCAACAAUAUUCCCAGCUGUCUGAUGCGUGGCACUCCCCGCACCCCCUUCCGCAAGUGUGUGCCAGUGCCCACAGAGCUGGUGAAGAAGACGCCAGCAUCACUUAAAAUUGAGGAUCAGGAACAGUUCCAACUGGAGCUCUAGUCAAACCCAAGAAAACAAGAAGAAAAAUAAGCUUCCCAAUUCCGAGCAGCAACUGCCAAAACUCAUCAUUAUCAUUAGCCAUAUCAUCAUAUGAUAGUUGUAUUAUCAUCCGACACUUAAUAACUGAUCUUAAAUUGUUAGUGCUCAUAUUUAUGCCAUAUAGUUAUUAAGUUUGUUCAGUUUUGAGUCAUAUUGACUGAUUUUGUUCUUAUCAUAUAUAUAUUCGAUAUAUUUAGUACUGAAUAUAUAUUUGAUAUACUUAUGUGUAGUUCCUAAGCAAAUCCUCCUCAUGCAAUAAAUCGUAAUUAAUACUUUAACUAUUGAAUUUAA